AUGGACUUCUCACCUUCAGUGCUUGAUGUUUGUGAGUUUGGACCGCCGCCACCUUUGCGGGGACUCGCGCAGCUUGACCUCCUGCCAUCAGUCCCGGAUUUCAGCUCGCUGGGUUCGCCUCUAUUGUUGAGAGGAACGGGUCGCGUCGGAUUCGUGAUGUCAGUGCUGGAUUCCGUGGGCAUGGGCCCGUCAUCACCUUUACGUGGUCGUGCGCGAUGUGACUUUGCAUUGCUGGCAUCGAGUUUUGUGCAACUCGGCUUGCUGCCGUCCUUGCGCAGCAUGGCCCGGUCAGAACUGGCACUUCUGGUCUUGGACUGCGCCAGUUUUGACCUCUCCUCGUUGUUGCGGAGUGUUGUUCAGGCAGAUCCUGUUCCGUCGGUGUCGGAUAUGGUGCACUUCGGCUUACCGCCGCUCCCUCGAACACCUGCUCGAUCGGAGCUGCCUCUUUUCGUUGCAGAUCUUGCUACUUCCGGCUUCCUGCCGACACUUGCCCGCCCAGGCCUGUCUGUCUCGGCACCAGAUCUUGUGCACCCAGAUCCACUGUCGCCACCACGAGGGUUUCUGCUGCUUGUGCUGGGCACAAGCUGCAUGGACUUCUCACCUUCAGUGCUUGAUGUUUGUGAGUUUGGACCGCCGCCACCUUUGCGGGGACUCGCGCAGCUUGACCUCCUGCCAUCAGUCCCGGAUUUCAGCUCGCUGGGUUCGCCUCUAUUGUUGAGAGGAGCGGUUCGCGUCGGAUUCGUGAUGCCGGUGCCGGAUUCCGUGGGCAUGGGCCCGUCAUCACCUUUACGUGGUCGUGCGCGAUGUGACUCUGCAUUGCUGGCAUCGAGUUUUGUGCAACUCGGCUUGCUGCCGUCCUUGCGCAGCAUGGCCCGGUCAGAACUGGCACUUCUGGUCUUGGACUGCGCCAGUUUUGACCUCUUCUCGUUGUUGCGGAGUGUUGUUCAGGCAGAUCCUGUUCUGUCAGUGUCGGAUAUGGUGCACUUCGGCUUACCGCCGCUCCCUCGAACACCUGCUCGAUCGGAGCCGCCGCUUUUCGUUGCAGAUCUUGCUACUUCCGGCUUCUUGCCGACACUUGCACGCCCAGGCCUGUCUGUCUCGGCACCAGAUCUUGUGCACCCAGAUCCACUGUCGCCACCACGAGGGUUUCUGCUGCUUGUGCUGGGCACAAGCUGCAUGGACUUCUCACCUUCAGUGCUUGAUGUUUGUGAGUUUGGACCGCCGCCACCUUUGCGGGGACUCGCGCAGCUUGACCUCCUGCCAUCAGUCCCGGAUUUCAGCUCGCUGGGUUCGCCUCUAUUGUUGAGAGGAACGGUUUGCGUCGGAUUCUUGAUGUCAGUGCCGGAUUCCGUGGGCAUGGGCCCGUCAUCACCUUUACGUGGUCGUGCGCGAUGUGACUCUGCAUUGCUGGCAUCGAGUUUUGUGCAACUCGGCUUGCUGCCGUCCUUGCGCAGCAUGGCCCGGUCAGAACUGGCACUUCUGGUCUUGGACUGCGCCAGUUUUGACCUCUCCUCGUUGUUGCGGAGUGUUGUUCAGGCAGAUCCUGUUCCGUCGGUGUCGGAUAUGGUGCACUUCGGAUUACCGCCGCUCCCUCGAACACCUGCUCGAUUGGAGCCGCCGCUUUUCGUUGCAGAUCUUGCUACUUCCGGCUUCCUGCCGACACUUGCACGCCCAGGCCUGUCUGUCUCGGCACCAGAUCUUGUGCACCCAGAUCCACUGUCGCCACCACGAGGGUUUCUACUGCUUGUGCUGGGCGCAAGCUGCAUGGACUUCUCACCUUCAGUGCUUGAUGUUUGUGAGUUUGGACCGCCGCCACCUUUGCGGGGACUCGCGCAGCUUGACCUCCUGCCAUCAGUCCCGGAUUUCAGCUCGCUGGGUUCGCCUCUAUUGUUGAGAGGAACGGUUUGCGUCGGAUUCGUGAUGUCAGUGCUGGAUUCCGUGGGCAUGGGCCCGUCAUCACCUUUACGUGGUCGUGCGCGAUGUGACUCUGCAUUGCUGGCAUCGAGUUUUGUGCAACUCGGCUUGCUGCCGUCCCUGCGCAGCAUGGCCCGGUCAGAACUGGCACUUCUUGUAUCGGAGGCCGCAACUCCAGAUUUGCUGUUACCGUUGCGAGGGGUUGCACAUGCUGAGCCGGCUGCAUUUGCUUUGGACUCCACUCACUUCGCCUCUUUUCUGCUGCUCCACAGCCACGCACACAUGGGUUCCUCGCCGCUUGCGCCUGACUUUGCGCAAGCAGGCUUGUUCUUGUUGCUGCAAUGCCACAGCCAUGCAGACUCCCCUCCUCCGGCUGUUGGCGUUGCACGCUUGGGCUUUUCCACAUCAGUUCUCGGCCAUGCCACAUCAGGGCCACUGCCGUCUUUGCAGGGCUGCGCACGAUGUGCCCGCAUCGAGAGUGCUUUGCUGGCACUUGACCCCGCUCAUUUGGCAGCAUCGCCGGGUCCACCACCGUCUCUGCAAAGCGCAGCAUGUUUCGACCCAGCUCUGCCGGCACUUGAUGGCGUUCAUCUUGGAUCCUCUCUUCUGCUGCGAGGACCGUCAUGGCUGGGGCCGUCAGUGUCCGCGUCAGGGGUUGCAGCCUUCGGCCCAUCCUUGCCGUUGAGGGGCACGGCCCAGGCCGACCUUGCUGCAUUUGUUUUGGACUGUACUCACCUCGCCUCCUUGCUGCUGCUCCACAGCCAUGCACACCUGGGUGCCUCGCCCCUUGCGCCUGACUUUGCGCAAGCAGGCUUGUUCUUGUUGCUGCAAUGCUACAGCCAUCCAGACUCCCCUCCUCCGGCUGUUGGCAUUGCACGGCUGGGCUUUUCCACAUCAGUUCUCGGCCAUGCCACGUCAGGGCCACUGCCGUCUUUGCAUGGCUGCGCAUGCCCGGGCACCUCUCCUUCCGUACUGGAACUUGCUCAACUGGGCUUUCCUUCGCCACUGCACGGAUGUGCCUGCAUUGAGAGUGCUUUGCCGGCGCUUGACCCCGUGCACUUGGACUCGCAGUGUCGCCUGGCUCACCUCCGUCUCUGCGUAGUGCAGCAUGUCUCGACCCAGCUCUGCCGGCACUUGAUGGCGUUCAUCUUGGAUCCUCUCUUCUGCUGCGAGGCCGACCUUGCUGCUUUUGUUUUGGACUCCACUCACCUCGCCUCCUUGCUGCUGCUCCACAGCCAUGCACACCUGGGGCCACUGCCGUCUUUGCAGGGCUGCGCACGCCCGGGCACCUUUCCUUCCGCACUGGAACCUGCUCAACUGGGCUUUCUUUCGCCACUGCACGGAGCUGUUCGUGAACCGAGCCUGCUUCGUCCGUACUGGAAGCAGCGACCGUCAUGGCUGGGGCCGUCAUUGUCCGCAUCAGAGGUUGCAGCGUUGGGCUCAUCCUUGCCUUUGCGAUGUUUUGCUUGCAUGGAGUCAGUGUCGUCGAUGGUUGGCAUGAGCUGGGUGGAUGCCUCAAUUUCAGUUCCGGGUCUGGCUGAGCUCGGACUGCCAUUAUCUCUUCGCGGAUGCGCGAGGGUUGGCUUUGCCCCACUUGCAUCAGACUGCGUGGCACCGGGGCUGCUGCUGCCGUCACGAGGCAUGGCACAUGUUGGUUUUCUGAUGCUCGCGUUGGAGUUUGUGGGCUCGGGUCCUUUGUCGUCUUUGCGCAGUCGUUCGCAAUGUGACUCGUUACCGUCGGCAUUGAGCUUUGUGCAGUCUGGCUUGCCUCUGCCUCUUCGUGCAGUGUCCUGUUCAGAGUCUGCCCUUCUCGUGCUGGAAGUCGCCAGCUUGGGUUUCUCGUUAUUAUUGAGAGGCACGGCCCAGGCCGACCUUGCUGCAUCUGUUUUGGACUCCACUCACUUCGCCUCUUUACUGCUGAUUCGCAGCCAUGCACACCUGGGUGCCUCGCCCCUUGCGCCUGACUUUGCGCAGGCAGGCUUGUUCUUGUUGCUGCAAUGCUACAGCCAUGCAGACUCCCCUCCUCUGGCUGUUGGCAUUACUCGGUUGGGCUUUUUCACAUUAGUUCUCGGCCAUGCCACGUCAGGGCCACUGCCGUCUUUGCAGGGCUGCGCAUGCCCGGGCGCCUCUCCUUCCGCACUGGAACUUGCUCAACUGGGCUUUCCUUCGCCACUGCACGGAUGUGCCUGCAUUGAGAGUGCUUUGCCGGCGCUUGACCCCGUGCACUUGGCAGUGUCGCCCGGCUCACCUCCCUCUCUGCACAGCGCAGCAUGUUUGGACCCAGCUCUGCCGGCACUUGAUGGCGUUCAGCUCGGGUCCUCUCUUCUGCUGCGAGGACCGUCAUGGCUGGGGCCGUCAUUGUCCGCAUCAGAGGUUGCAGCGUUGGGCUCAUCCUUGCCUUUGCGAUGUUUUGCUUGCAUGGAGUCAGUGUCGUCGGUGGUUGGCAUGAGCUGGGUGGAUGCCUCAAUUUCAGUUCCGGGUCUGGCUGAGCUCGGACUGCCAUUAUCUCUUCGCGGAUGCGCGAGGGUUGGCUUUGCCCCACUUGCAUCAGACUGCGUGGCACCGGGGCUGCUGCUGCCGUCACGAGGCAUGGCACAUGUUGGUUUUCUGAUGCUCGCGUUGGAGUUUGUGGGCUCGGGUCCUUUGUCGUCUUUGCGCAGUCGUUCGCAAUGUGACUCGUCACCGUCGGCAUUGAGCUUCGUGCAGUCUGGCUUGCCUCUGCCUCUUCGUGCAGUGUCCUGUUCAGAGUCUGCCCUUCUCGUGCUGGAAGUCGCCAGCUUGGGUUUCUCGUUAUUAUUGAGAGGCACGGCCCAGGCCGACCUUGCUGCAUCUGUUUUGGACUCCACUCACUUCGCCUCUUUACUGCUGAUUCGCAGCCAUGCACACCUGGGUGCCUCGCCCCUUGCGCCUGACUUUGCGCAGGCAGGCUUGUUCUUGUUGCUGCAAUGCUACAGCCAUGCAGACUCCCCUCCUCUGGCUGGCCACUGCCGUCUUUGCAGGGCUGCGCACGCCCGGGCACCUUUCCUUCAGUACUGGAACCUGCUCAACUGGGCUUUCUUUCGCCACCGCACGGACGUGCUUGCAUCGAGACCUGCUUCGUUCGUACUGGAAGCAGCGUCGCUGGGUCCACCACCGUCUCUGCAUAGCGCAGCAUGUUUCGACCCAGCUCUGCCGGCACUGGAUGGCGUUCAGCUCGGGUCCUCUCUUCUGCUGCGAGGACCGUCAUGGCUGGGGCCGUCAUUGUCCGCAUCAGAGGUUGCAACAUUGGGCCCAUCAUUGCCGUUGAGGGGCACGGCCCAGGCCGACCUUGCUGCAUUUGUUUUGGACUGUACUCACCUCGCCUCUUUGCUGCUGCUCCACAGCCAUGCACAAUUCGGUUCCUCGCCCCUUGCGCCUGACUUUGCGCAUGCAGGCUUGUUUUUGUUGCUGCAAUGCUACAGCCGUCCAGACUUUCCUCCUCCGGCUGGCCGCUGCCGUCUUUGCAGGGCUGCGCAUGCCCGGGCACCUCUCCUUCCGUACUGGAACUUGCUCAACUGGGCUUUCCUUCGCCACUGCACGGACGUGCUCGCAUCGACACCUGCUUCGUCCGUGCUGGAAGUAGCAUCGCUGGGUCCACCGCCGUCUCUGCAUAGCGCAGCAUGUUUCGACCCAGCUCUGCCGGCACUGGAUGGCGUUCAGCUCGGGUCCUCUCUUCUGCUGCGAGGACCGUCAUGGCUGGGGCCGUCAUUGUCCGCAUCAGAGGUUGCAGCGUUGGGCUCAUCCUUGCCUUUGCGAUGUUUUGCUUGCAUGGAGUCAGUGUCGUCGGUGGUUGGCAUGAGCUGGGUGGAUGCCUCAAUUUCAGUUCCGGGUCUGGCUGAGCUCGGACUGCCAUUAUCUCUUCGCGGAUGCGCGAGGGUUGGCUUUGCCCCACUUGCAUCAGACUGCGUGGCACCGGGGCUGCUGCUGCCGUCACGAGGCAUGGCACAUGUAGGUUUUCUGAUGCUCGCGUUGGAGUUUGUGGGCUCGGGUCCUUUGUCGUCUUUGCGCAGUCGUUCGCAAUGUGACUCGUCACCGUCGGCAUUGAGCUUUGUGCAGUCUGGCUUGCCUCUGCCUCUUCGUGCAGUGUCCUGUUCAGAGUCUGCCCUUCUCGUGCUGGAAGUCGCCAGCUUGGGUUUCUCGUUGUUAUUGCGAUCUGUGGCUAAAUCUGGUCCGGGACUGCUCGUUCUGAGCAUGACAUGCUUGAGCCCUUCUCUGUCGCUGCGGUCAGUUGCCCGACUGGGUGCGUCCCUUUCUGUGACAGAUCACGUGCAUCUCGACUUCCUACCGCUGCUCCAGGGCGCUGCUUACCCUGAUUUCAUGUCGUUUGUUCCAGACUUCGUGCGCUUGGAGUUGCUCCUUUCGUCAAAGGCUGCUGCUUGUCCCGACUUGGCAGCUUCAGCUCUGGAGACAGCUCACCCGGAUGCACCACCGUUGCUAAGAGGCGUCUCCUAUGCCGGAAGCGUGUUGCUUGCGCUCAGCUUUGCCCACUUCGGCUUCCCACCAUUUUUGCGGAAUUAUGCACAGGCAGGUUUGUCGCUGCUGCCGGCAGGAGCAGCUCGACUGGGACUCUUCCUGCUUGCCUCGGGACAUGCUCACCCUGAGCCUUUGUCACUUCCACAGGGAUGUGCCAGAGUUGCUUCGCUGUUGAGUGUUUUGGCCGCCAUUCAGCUCGGCUUCUCCUUGCUCUUAAAGGGCACGAAGCGUUUAGAGCCGGGGCUGCCUGUGCUUGAUUUUAUUGGUUUGGGCCCUUUCCUGCCACUGAAGGGCCGUUCGCACCUUGGCAGCUUACUUCUCGUGCUAGGUCGUGCCCAUUUGGAGCUAUCUUCGUUUCCAAGGGGUGCCUCGAGGUCAGAAGUAGCUUUGCUUGCUUUGGAUACUGCACACUUUGGCCCCUUACCGUUUCUACGACAGCUUGCUCGGCUCAGUUCUUUGCUGCCUGUGUCGGGAGUCAGUCGGAUGGACUUUUCCCCCUCCGUGCUGUCGGUCACCACAUCGGAAUCUUCGCUGCUUGCUCAGGGCUGCCAGCGCCCGGGUCGUGCACUUUCCGUGCUCGACACAACCAACUCAGCAUCUUGCCUGUUGCUGCGGAGCAUUGCAAAGCUUGGAAGCUUCUCGCCGGCCUUCGAUAGCGCCUACUUUGGCUUCUCUUCGCCCGUCAGGAGCUGCUUGAGGUUAGGCUCAGCUUCCUGUACUCAGGUGAACCACCUGGUGGGAAGCACCUUACUUGUGAUUGGAAUUACAAGGUUGGGGGGCUUUCUGUUGGCCUUAGAUUUCACGCAUCUAGCCUCUUCUGCUUCGGUUCGCGGCUUAGCCUGCCUAGAGCUGAUUUCACUGGCUUUGGACUGCGUGAAUCUUGGCCCGAGCUUGCUGCUCAGAGCAGUGUCCCGACUUGACUCGCGGUUGCCUGCACUCGAUGCCGCCAGCCCCGGUCCGAUCCUUCUGUUGCGAGGGGCAGCCUGCAUGAGUUUGUCCCUUUCUGCCUUGGACAUGGUGCAGCUGGGCUUCUUCUUACCUCUUCAAGGUGCUGCCCGAUGUGGUCCGGCACUCUCUGCCUUGCAGCUAUCGCACCUCGACCCGUUCCCUUCUGUGAAGGGCCGUGCAAGGCCUGGGCCACCUCCCUUAGUACUCGACCUCAUUGGACCGGGUCUGUCGUCACCAUCGCGGGGCUUUGCAAGACUGGAUUUCUUUAUUUCCGUGAGUUCUGUUGCUCGCCCUGGCUCGAGCAUGUUGGCGCCGGACUGCGCGCAUUCAGGGCCACUUCCGUCCUCGCAUGGCCCGGCGCAGCCCGGCUUCGUGUUGUUGGCUCUUGAAGCCGCACUUCUGGGUUCCCUCCUGCUCCUCAGAGGCAUAUCGUGCUCAGGCCCCCUCCUGCCAGCACCGGGUCUUGCAUCCAUCGGCUCGCCGUUGUUGCCUCAAGGUACGGCUUGA